CCUUCCCCCGUUCCUCCUCCUCUUCUUCCUUCUCCGGCCUCGGGUCGUUCCGCCCGCCCUCCCCUCAGCGACGCGGCCCUCUCGCCGGUCUGUGGAGAUAGGCGCCGGGCGGCCGAUGGCAGCUCUGGGCGGGAGGCUUUGUUGACGCUGUCCAGCCUCCGCCGGGGUCUCUCCGGCCCGCCGUGGAUAAACUAUGACAUCCUUUCAAGAAGUCCCGUUAUCAAGCACCCUUCAGACUUCCAACUUUGCACAUGUCAUCUUUCAAAAUGUGGCCAAGAGUUAUCUUCCCAACUCCCACCUUGAAUGUCAUUACACCUUGACCCAGUAUAUCCAUCCACACCCAAAAGAUUGGGUUGGCAUUUUUAAGGUUGGUUGGAGUACAGCUCGAGAUUACUAUACAUUUUUAUGGUCUCCAAUGCCUGAAAAUUAUGUGGAAGGAUCAACAGUCAAUUGUUUAUUAUCCUUUCAAGGAUAUUACCUUCCAAAUGAUGAUGGAGAAUUUUAUCAGUUCUGUUACGUUACCCAUAAGGGUGAGAUUCGAGGAGCAAGUACUCCAUUCCAAUUUCGAGCAUCUUCUCCAGUUGAGGAACUGCUGACUAUGGAAGAUGAAGGAAAUUCUGACAUGUUGGUGGUGACUACAAAAGCUGGCCUGCUUGAGUUCAAAAUCGAGAAAACAAUGAAAGAAAAAGAAGAGCUGUUAAAGGUAACCAGUGUUCUGGAGAAGGAGACAUCUCAACUCAGAGAACAGAUUGGGAGACUGGAGAAGGAACUUAACAAUGAAAAGGCAAGAUGUGACCAGCUACACGUGGAGCACCAGAGUCUUGUUGAAGCAUCACAAAAUGUAAAUAUGGAGAAUGAUGAGCUUAAGAAAAAACAUAGUGAAGCAGCUUUAAAAAUUCUUCAGCUAGAGGAUGAUCUUGUGACUGUGACCCAGAAAGCGAUUACAAAGGAAACUGAAUUGGACAGUUUGAAAGACAAAUUCAAGAAAAUAACACUUGAAAAAGAACAAUUGGAAAGUCAGUUGAAGACCGAAAAGGAUGAGAAGGAACUUUAUAAGGUCCACUUGAAGAAUACAGAAAUAGAGAAUACCAAGCUUGUCACUGAGAUCCAGACUUUAAAAAAUUUAGAUGGGAACAAGGAAAAUAUGAUUGCCCAUUACAAGGAGGAGGUGGGCCGACUGCAGCUUUGUAUGGCAGAAAAGGAAAACCUGCAUCGAGCCUUGUUGCUGACAGCCUCUGGCAAAAAUGAUACUGCAUAUCUAAAAGAGCAGCUUCGCAAAGCAGAGGAACAGGCUCAGGCUACUCGGCAAGAAGUUGUGUUUCUUGCCAAAGAGCUGAGUGAUGCAGUCAACGUGAGGGAUCAGACCAUGGCUGAUCUCCACAGUGCCCGGCUAGAAAAUGAGCAAGUCAAAAAACAGCUGGCUGAGGCCGUGGCCGAACUGAGAGUCGCCGUUGUAAAAAAGCAACAGGAGAAAACUGAUCCAGUGGAACAGGACCUACGCAGAGAGGUGGAAGACCUGAAGCUUCGCCUGCAGAUGGCUGCAGACCAUUAUCGAGAGAAAUUCAAGGAAUGCCAGAGGCUCCAAAAACAAGUGACCCGGCUCACAGAGCAGGCUACAAAUGGGAACCAACAGAAAGUGACGGAUGCUUCAAGCAACACAGACACAGCAGCUAGCUCUCCUGUUAACUUCGUAUUUUCAAGUGCUCCAGUUGCAGUUGCUACAUCUGAGGUAAUUCCCGAGAUGGUGACAAAGGGCCAGAUCUGUGAAAUGACCAAGGAAAUUGCAGAGAAAACAGAAAAGUAUAAGAAAUGUAAACAACUACUCUUGGAGGAGAGGGCCAAAUGUAGCAGCUACGCCGACGAACUGGCCAGAUUGGAGUUGAAGUGGAAGGAGCAGGUGAAAAUCAGUGAGGAUGCGAUGCUGCGCCUUGCGGAGGUGGAGGAUCAGAACAAAGAGCUUGAAAAGAAACUUGAAAAUCAAGCUGAGAGAGAAAAGGAAGGUCAGAGUCCCUGGCAAUCCUCAGCGAGUGGCCCCCCUAAAGAGCAGAGCGGGCCUGUCCCUUCAGUGCUUUCAGUGCCCAAUAGUCAACCAGUUCUGCAAUUUGGAAAUCCCUAUGCAACUCCGGACUCCAGAGAAGGAGCAGAUGGUGCUUUUUACCCAGAUGAAAUCCAAAGGCCACCACCUGUAAGAUCAUUCUUGUGGGAAUUGGAAGACAACGUAGUCUGUAGCCAGCCUGCUCGAAACCUUAGUCGGCCUGAUGGUUUAGAGGAUCCUGAAGAAAGCAAUGAUGAUGAUGAGAAUGUCCCUACUGCUCCCGAACCUCCAAGCCAGCUCUUACAUGCUCAUGGGACGGGGUUUUGCUUUGAUUCCAGCUUUGACGUUCACAAGAAGUGUCCCCUCUGUGAGUUAAUGUUCCCUCCCAACUAUGAUCAGAGCAAGUUUGAAGAGCACGUCGAAAGUCACUGGAAGGUGUGCCCCAUGUGCAGCGAGCAGUUCCCUCCAGACUAUGACCAGCAAGGGUUUGAAAGGCACGUUCAGACUCAUUUUGAUCAGAAUGUUUUAAAUUUUGAUUAGAAUAUCAGUUUUUAUUAUGUUAUUCCAGUUUACCAUUUAAAAAAAGAUCACCUUCAAUAGAUAUACCAUAUCCGAGAAAACAUCUAAUCCAUGUUUCUGACUCUUUUCAUCAUAUGUUACCUGUGUACAGCACAGUAGGUUUAGGGCCAGGGUCCAUCUUGGGCUUAGCAGCAGAUAGUAAAGUAGGCUCUGUUAUUCUCUCCUGCUCUAAGAAAAGGAAGAAAUUCUUUGUGUUGUGUGUGUGUGUAUAUCUUUAUUUAUUCCCCAGUUGUGAACAUUGUAUCAAUAAAGGACACAGGGAUUAUUUUAAUGUGACAACAGAAAAAUUCCAUGGUGGUAGGGAAUAGAGCAGACUGAUAACCAGUUUCUAUUGCAUAGGUGAUUGAGCAUGAUUAAAUAUUAUGUAAUAAAAAAAUUUUUCUGAUAGCAAUCUUGUGUAGUAAUUCUUUGGGCAAGUUUCAGAAAGCUGUAAUUUAUCCUAUGAACAUAGUUUUCUAAUCCUCUUUGGAAGUUUAUUUAGGUGCAUGUAUGAUGAGAUUACAUGCUUGCAACGUAGCAAAUACCUCGUUUACAUGGGAAAAGGUUGGCCUUAGGAAUUAAUCUAAGGAAGCACAUUUUGCUUUAAUCCAGUAUUUUUAUGAAUAAAGAAAUUAAUAUAAUUAGAUUUAUCUGAAUGAUUAUUUUUCAAUUAUCUUACAGUUAUAUUUAUAGCUAAUGGAAAGUAAGUGAAGAAACCUUCCUCAUUUCCCAGGGCUCUGGGUUCUUGACAAAGAGUUCUUGCAGGGGAGGGAUUUUGUGCAUUCUGCAAUUUUCCUGUUAAGCAUAAAAAUUAUGUUUCUAAUUAAGCAAUUAAAAAUGUGAGAAGACAUUUGUUUCUGACUGUACAGUACUCAUUACAUUAAAGUUAAACCAGUAUUGGA